AUGUCGCGGCGAAGUCCCAUUAUAGUGGUCACUGGCGCGAAUGGAGGUGUAGGCUUCGGUAUAUGUCACCGGCUGCUCAUUCAGCUUUGCCAGCCGUGUCCUAGUGAUGCCAAGCCUGCGCCUGCCUUGGGAAACAAAGACGUCGAGGAUGGUAUAGAGCCUUGCGAGAGUUUGACGUUAAUCAUGGCCUGCAGGAGUGUAAAGCGGGGGGAAGCUGCUCGUGCACAACUCUUUCGACUAUUGGACGAGCACCUGGCCAAGGUGCAGCAGUCGCCGGAGGAUAUCGCGUACGCGAAGCGAUUUCGAAAGAAUGUUCGCAUUGAUCUGCAUUAUUCGGACCUGGCCUCUGUGAGCACUAUUCUCCGACUUGGUGCAGAGCUGCGACAAAAGUACCCGUAUAUAUCACAUAUAAUAUGCAACGCUGGGCUUGCAAGCUUCAUCGGUAUUGACUGGGCACUUGCCAUCCGCCGAGUAUUGACCAACCUUGUUGAUGCGGUCACCAACCCGGAUUAUAACCUGCAAAAUUGGGGCGAGCGGAGCGUAGAUGGACUUGGGUGGGUUUGGCAAUGCAAUGUGUUUGGUCAUUAUUGCCUAUUUCGCGAGCUGGAGCCCGCUCUACAAAAGUCUCCGGAACGCCCUCGUGUAUUGUGGAUGUCAUCGCUGGAGGGCCGCCCGGGUUACUACGAAGCUGAGGAUUGGCAAUUGCUCAAGACACAGCAUUCGUAUCAAGCAUCCAAAUACCAAAUGGACCUCAUUGCGACCAUCCUCGAUCGACGCGUUCUGAAGGGAUCGGACGGCUCGAACACACCUAGACAUCUGAUCAUACACCCCGCUGUGACCCAUACCAACGUCUCACACGCUUUGGCGUCGGGAAUAACGGACUUUCUGAAGGUUAUCAGCUUCUAUCUUGCGCGUUUCCUGGGAUCCCCCAACCACCCGAUCCACCCGUACAAGGCCGCAAUCUCAGCAGUCCAUGUAUCCCUUGUUGCUCUUGCUUUCUUGCCUACCGCCCUCUCCUUCUCUACAGCUGGAGUGAAGGGGAAUACAAUGCCCAAAGGCCCAACGCCAAUCAAAAUCGGGUCCGAAACGGAUUGGUGGGGACACGAGCGGGUUGGUGUCGCACCAGUGCUGGAAUGGGACGAACACGAGCAAGAAGCCGGCGAGUUGGUCAAAAAGUGCGAGGCGUUGUACACGUCUCUGCGCGAGGCUGAGGGUGAGCUCUCCUUUGAGCAAGCCACUGAGCAUAUGUAG